ACGCCCUGCCUGUUUGCCCCGGCUGAUCCCGGCCCCUCCCCUCCCUCUUCCUUCCAGGGAGCCUGGCAGGGCAGCAAGAGAGAGAGAGCGAGCGAGCGAGCGCCGGCGUCAUGUGACCGCGCUGCUGCUGCUGCUGAGUGCCAGGCGCCUGAGCCAAGAAGCAGGCGGACGGAGGAGGACGGAGGGACGGAGGAGCCUGCGAGUGAGGGGAGAGAGAAAAGCCCUCAGGUUCCCCAUACAACAAGGGCAGCGCGACUCCGGGAAAGGAAAAGCCCGGACAGCAGGGACUUCGCGAGCCACUUUUCCGCCGGCUGGGGAAAGUUUCCCAAAAAAGCAGUUACCCAGAAAAUACUUGCAAGAAAGAUACAAGAUAAUCUCUUGGGUGCAACUUGAGUUGCUUCUGGAGUGAGAGAAUUGGCCGUCUGCAAGGACGUUGCUCAGGGGACGCCCUGAUGUUUUGAUGUUUUUACCAUCCUUGUGGGAGGCUUCUCUCAUGUCCCCUGCAUGGAGCUGGAGCUGAUAGAGGGAGCUCAUCCGCACUCUCCCCGGGUGAGAUUUGAACCUAGCAGCUUUCAGAGAUCUAAGCAACAUUGCCAUAAAUAGAGUUGGCUGAGAAGAUGCUAAUGUUUGACCCAGUACCUAUCAAACAAGAAGUGAUGGAACCAGUUCCAGUGUCAUUCAAUUCUAGUUAUAUGGAUCACAUGAAAGCCAACAAAUUCAGUGUCAUUUAUUCAACAUCGAAUAUGAUGCACAAUAAAUUCUAUCAGUUUCCAGAAGAAUUGUGCAAUGGAGUUCAAAUUGAGCCCGUUGAUCUCACAGUGAACAAGCCAUCUUCAGCCGGAAGUUCUCCUUCUCCUCUGAAAUUCCAGAAUGCACACAGGAUAGCUUCGCCUGGAUUAAAUCUGCCCUCACCCAGCCCUCCAAUGAAGAAAUUGACGCCACCAGGAAUACAGCCUUUCCCUAUGCCAUUAACUAUUCCUCCAGUGAUGGCAGCUCUUUCACGCCAUGGACUUCGAAGCCCUGGGAUACUUCCAGUUAUACAGCCAGUUGUAGUACAACCUGUCCCUUUCAUGUACGCCCCUCACCUUCAACAGCCUCUUAUGGUAUCCACAGUCCUUUCAGAAGAGUUGGAAACUCCAAGUAGUGUGCCAGUCUCUGUAAUUGAGUCUUACGAGAAACAAGCACUAAAGAAAUCUAUUAAGGUAGAACCAGGUCUGGAAUCACCUAGAAAUGACUACUACACCGAACAAAUGUCCCCUCCAUUGAUGACUUCAUUGUCACCCCCUCAAGCAAUGUUUCAAGAGAAUCACCCUUCAGUUAUAGUUCAGCCUGGUAAGAGGCCAUUACCUGUGGAAUCUCCUGACACACAAAGGAAACGUAGGAUACAUCGAUGUGAUUAUGAAGGCUGCAACAAAGUUUACACUAAAAGCUCCCAUUUAAAAGCGCACAGAAGGACACAUACAGGGGAAAAGCCUUACAAAUGCACUUGGGAAGGUUGUACAUGGAAAUUUGCUCGAUCUGAUGAACUAACGCGGCAUUUCCGAAAGCACACCGGAGUCAAGCCAUUCCAGUGCCCAGACUGUGACCGUAGUUUCUCUCGCUCCGACCAUCUUGCCCUUCAUAGGAAGCGCCACAUGCUAGUCUGAAUCUCUCUUCAUCCAGUUUUCUUCAUGUUUCCUUUCUUCUUAUUUUUACCUUGUUCAUAUUAACUUAGAUUCAGCUGGCCUGAAUCUCUGGAUUUUAUAGCCGUAAAAUCUUCCCAAUGGCCAGUAAAAGAUGUUUGCUGGACCCUUCUUUGCCCUUGUCACGGGUCAGACCUAAAGAAUGUGAACAUUUUUUCUUCUCCUGGGAAUGCUAAGCAAACCCGGUCUGCCAGCAAAUAGGUUAAAUUUCUGUGAUCAAGCUGGUUAACUUUGCCAUUCAAUCAACCAGUAGAUACUGAUCUUUUGGUUGCUGUUGUUGGAAAUCCAGCCUGCUAGUCCUUGCCAGAGACUUUGUGUGCCCUUUAAAGGUUACACAUCUCCUUUUUAUGCUCAGCAAUGCAAUAAAUGGACCCUUUCUGAUGUGGGUGGUGAUAGAAGCAUAUUCACAAGACACUUUUUAAACAAAAAUUCUCAACAUGAAAGUGAAUGAAAAAUUCUUGACUGAUGAGUGGCUGUUAUCAACAGAAAUGUUGUCAAUGUCUAAUGUUGUACAUUCUAACCAGCAUUGCCUCUUCUUUUGUGUGGUGUGUAAAAUGCUAGCUUGUGUUUGCCUGGAUAUCUUGCCUCAGUAGUUUCGUUAAGCAAACAUGUUCACAUAUUGUAAGGUUUUGUGCGCAACUGUGUGAAUGGAGCAUACAUGGUACUGCUAUGAUGUGGCAUUCAACGAUACAUGCAAUAAUCUACCUCACUGAAGAGGUGUGGUAGGCCUGUUUUUCUCUCAUCACUCCUCUGCAUUUCCUGUUGACUAGAAAACCUCUGGCCCUUGCCUGUCGUAAAUGCAGCCACAUCUGUAAAAUGAAAUAUGUCAGCUCACUGCUAGAAAUUAAAAUUGGGGAUCCUACCAUGUACACAAGAGAAAUGAAACAAGGAAGAAAAUAUCUUCGCUGAAGCACCUUUGUACAAUAUAACACACACAAAAUGUGUAUCUUUUCCCUACUACGUUUUGCUGGCCAAACACAACAAAAACAACACAAUUUCUAUUUUGUUGCACAAUGCCUUCAUUUCCAGUAUUGGACAAAAACACUAAGAUACACAUGAUUAAAAAGUCAAACCUGGUUGAUAUUAUUCUUAUUAUUUUAAGAAGCAAUUGGUUUUAAGGAGAUAGGAUGGUGUUCGGCAUCAUGCUUUCCUUUCUAGGCUUUGCAGUCUUUAAAAUACUGGAAAUUUGGGUUUUCAUAUUUUGAAAGAAUUGAGAAAAUAGAAGCAGUGAGAAUAAUGAAUAAACAAGAGAGGAAAGGACAUAAGAAUGUAAUAGUAGGAAAAACUUGUAAUGAUAUACUAUAAUCACAUACAUUUCAGGUAAACAACCAUUCAGGCGCAACAUGGUUUAUUCUCCAUUUUUAAGAUAAUGUCUGUUCAUACUGUUCUAUAAAUUGAAUUGGCCUUCAGUGGUUCAUGUUUAUAAAUUAUUUUCCAGCACUUUUUAUACUCAUGCGUCCUCUCCCCUCACAUCUAUCUAUGGUACUGCUUAACUCUUUCCUGUGAAAAUUACUGAAACAUAGAACUUCUAAACUUUGGUCAGAUUGGGCCUAAUUUUGGUACCAAACACAGUUCAGACUUGCCCUAAUAAGAUUCAAUCCAGGCAAGUUUGAAACAAUUUAAAUUACCUUCCUUCCAAGAAAGUGCUCAAAUUUAGCUCUCCUGAAAGAAAAGAAAGCACAGUCGAUGUUAAAAGGUUGGAGUGAAUAAAUUGUCCCAUAAUUGGCCCUUUGGAGCCAGGCUGUUGGGUCUGUUAAAUGCAUGGUUUGACAAUGCAAUUAUGCAAUAUUCAGUAGAUAGGUAUAAGAUUCAUCUGAGUUGCUUUACAUCAGUGUUUCUCAAACUCUGCUUCUCCAAAUGUUUUGGACUUCAGCUCCCAGAAAUCCCAGCCAGCUUACCAGCAGUUGGGAAUUAUGGGAGCUGAGAUCCAAAACAUCUGAAGUAGUGGUUCUCAACCUGUGGGUGUUUUGGCCUACAUCUCCCAGAAAUCCCAGCCAGUUUACCAGUUCUUGGGAUUUCUGGGAGUUGAAGAUGAAAACAUCUGGGGAUCCACACGUUGAGAACCACUGAUCUGGAGUAACACAGGUUGAGAAACUGUUUUACAUAUUGGUACCAGGGGAAUAAUGAAGGUGCGGCACUUUCCUAGUAAUUUUUGUAGGAAAUUAGCAAAAUAGUACUUUUUAAUUCUAUUUAAACUCAAACUUAAGAUAAUCAGAACUUUACCUGGUUGAACAUUGAGGUGUUUUUGGUUUUCUGUGCUAUAGAAAUUAAACUGACAAAACAAAGGAACCAUGGCAUAACUCAGUCUAGUCAAUAAUAUGAAUUUGGCUAUUUCAUAAUCAAAUCUUGAAAGAAUUUUAAAGAUUCUAAAAAAAUCUUAUCAAAAUUAUGGCCGUUCUACUGCCAUUUUAAACAAGAAACAGCUGUAAUAUUUUCUAUAGCAAAGUAAAAAGAGCAAAAAUCUGUUUUACUUUCUACAGCAUGGCCAAGUAAAAUCUGGAAAAUACAUUAUUUUAUGUUGUGUUGACAGUCCUGCACUAUGUUGCUAACAUGGAAAAAUCUGAAUUGAGAGACUUAAAGAGCUUUCUAUGUGUCAGCAACUCAGGACUGGGAAGUAGAGGGAACCAUGCCAGGACAUUAACCCGAUUCCUUUGAAUCCCUCUAAAAUUAAAUGGGAAAUAUUUUUUAAACAAAAAGCACAGGAAAGGGAAAAAAUCCAACAGAGAGAGGACAAGGCCCGAGAAAUAUAACCUGCCAAUCCUCAAUACCUACUAUAUCGAAGAGGUUUUUCUCCAUUAUAUAGCAUAUAUCUAGCUGCAUUUGGCUUAUGGUUUCAUAAAUUUCUAUUACAAUGAGAGUGAGAGCUAUCACUUUGAGUGCCUCAGACUUUUUAAAAAUUCAGAUACAUGUUUAAAACAUUUGUGAUGCUGCUAUAGUUUUCUUUCAUAAAGAUAUUUCUGAACAGUGUUUAAUUCUUCCCCACAACGUUUAUCUGGGGAUAAAUAGUUCAUCAGUUUACCAUAUAAUGUAUGCCAUAAAGUGCCAGAAGACAAUGUUGCCUUCAAAUUCCAAGUUGCUAGUAAUGUUUCAUCUAUUGUUUUAAAACCCAAGAAAGAAACUUCAAGUAACAUGCAGUCCAAAUAGAGAUGGUUUAUUAAUCCCACACCAAUUUGUAUUCCAUCUGAUUCUCCUAAAGCAAACAUAAUUACAUUAUUUUCAUGUAUACACAUAGAUGUUGCUGUCCUGUUUAGAGCAAUUAUGUUUUAAGAUAUGAUUAUGCAUCAUAAGUACAUGUAUGGGAGAGCAGUUAUGGCUAGAAUUUGAAGAAUUACUUCAAUUUGUUGAAGAUGCUAUAGAGGUGGUGAGAUUUUUAACUUCUCCUGGGAAUAUCCUGUUGUCUGGCAUUAAUUUAAUAAACCAGGAGUGACAAUCCAUUGCAACCCAGGCCAUUUCUUUCACACCCGUCGGCUUCAGAAAAACUUGUACAGUAUAUGUAUUUGGGAUGUGAAAGGGUUGCUAUUUGGGAAGAACAGGUACAAAAUAACAUUGAAUAUAUCGUGGUAGUAGCAAUGUGCUUUGUGUCUUGGCCAGAGACUACGAGGUUGUCCUUUAGAUGGAAGACGUUUGCUGUCUUAAAUUAGGGAAUCUGCAUGAAAGUAAGGUUGUGAGUUCCUAAAUUCCCUUCCGUUGGAUUAAAUAAGGAAAGAUAACAGUCCAUCCCUCGAGAAGAUUAAAAAUGGCCAGUCCUCCUACACAGGACUACUUAGUGAGUUUCACAGCAUGUAACAGCAUUUCAGGAAGUUGGAAAGUGACUCCCCUGUCAUCUGAGGACUUCAUCACACUAGAGUUUGGAUCCACUUUAAAUCCACUUGAGGGAGGGGCCUUUAAACAUCUCAGCCAGACAAGUACUGGGCCUCACCAAACUACAAACCCCAGAAUUCUGCAGGAGGCAGAAACCGGAUUUAAACUGGAUCCAUCCUCUGGUGUGAUGAGGCACAUCAUUGCGAUCCUUAAAACAGACUCAACUGAGUACAAUAGGUAGCUUAACCAGGAACAGUCUCCUUCCUGAAAUCUAGCCCAGAUUUUAGCAUAUGCCUUGAAUGUUCCAGAAAAGUGAACACAACCGCAUGGCAAUACUUGUCACACCCAACGGUUGUGAAGCCAGUGCCUCCAAUCUAAUAGGAUUUUCAGGACAAUAUAUCUGCUACAUAGUUGCUGCUAUCACUUCAACGCUACUGUUGGAAGUGGAAUGCACCUCUUACCAAGUGAGAAAGGCUCUUUGCAUGCAGCCCAUCACUUAAAAAUAGUUCUGCUUCUAACCAAUCCAUGUACACAUACAGUGUUGCGCCAUCUUUAGGAUACCACUUUGUGGCUAAUGUGUUAAAAACCAUUCCCUGAUGGACUGCUUUUUUUCCAUGCAGAAAGCUGACUUGUUUGUAAUGUGGUUUUAAUUAUGCACAACCAAGAGAGAACAAAGCAGAAUCUUAUUCCUAUUUUGUUUCCAGCCUUAGCAAGGUGUAUUUGACUGCAAAUCAUUUCCUCUUAAACAGAACUGCAAAAUGAAAAAAAAAACCUAAGUAUUUCACACAUGUUAUUUGAAAAAGGUUAUAAUUCCCAUUGUUUUACAAAUAUUAGCACUUUCUUGCUAUUUAUAUAUUUUAAAUGUUAUACAGUCAAAAUAAUCUUCCUGCUUAGCAUUUCCCUACGUCUUCACCUGCAAAUGUAGCAGGAAUAUUACAUUUACUUUAAUACUUGUAUAAAACUAUGCAGAAUUUAAAAAAUAAAAUAAAAUGUAAUAUAUUUUAUAAGCUAAUAAUAAUUGGGUAAUUAAUGGUUUCCUAGCAUGCAUUCCUAUCAUUUGCCGAUACUGAAACAUUUUGGUAAUCUUUCUCACUAAAGAUGUGAAUGUUUUUAUGUACCUUCACUAUUUCUACUUUUGGUAGUCCAAUGGGAAUUCAGUAAUGACAUUUUGUCAUGUCAAACUGUGAACAUACAUUUGUACUGUACAGUCCUCAUAUGUUAUAUAUACCAUGCUAUAUGUAUUGUUAAUAAAACGAAACAGAUACUAAAUGUAAA